CAAACUGCGAUCAUGUGACUCGUCAUGAGCUGUCAAAGAUCGUCAGAGACCCGAUAUAAGGUGACGAUCUUGUAUAGCGACUCAUUAGUACAGGUUGGAGGACUGAUACAGGCAUACUUCAGUCGGCCCACGAGGAAGAAGUUUGACUACGACUCCAGGAUGACAUCCAGGCUGUCCGGAACGCUGGCGAGUCUACUGCUACUGGCAGUCUGGGUAGGAGCGGAUGACGUUCCUCUUCAGGAUGGGGUGGAAAAUGGUGUGAUGUUUCCGGACAUGGACACACCUCUCUCUCCCCGUUCUCCGCGAGUGGACGGCAGACCGACCACAGCCAGGGACUACCUGCCGCCUGGCCUGUCGUUCCUGACGCUCCGCCAGGGGGCCGCCGCCCCGAAGCCAGACGGCAGCCAGCCCCGGGACACCAGCGACGGACGGAGGAGAGCUUCCAAGUGGAAGGGGUCCCGCGUGGUGGCCUGGAGCAAACAGAUGCCCAACCCGCAAGGCUUCCUGGCCUUGUACGGUUGAUCAGUAUAGUUUUCAUGCACAACUAGCGCUCAGAUAGGAUGAAGUCAGAAUCACGAUCUUUAUUUCAUCUAAUAUGAGGUCAAAGUACUAUGUAGAUUCAGAAUAGCUACAGAUAUAAUUUUGUUGAAUGCAGAAUAAUAUGAUUAAAAAAUCCAUGAUUGGAAAUAGCAUUGCACUCUUUUGUUGCCAGUUGUCAGUAGGCACAAAUGAUUCAGGCAAUAAAGAAGUACCAGAAACCCAAGUGGGCUACGCCGGACCCAGCGUUGUUGGCUGAUCCGUAGUUAGUAGAUAUACUAACUUUGAGACAUUCCAGGAAAUAAAGUUGAUGGAAACAUAACUUGUGCCGCGCUUUCCUCUUGCCACCAUUUUUGUGACUUUUACUAUUACCAUUACCAAGAGAUACAGCCGAGGGAUAUACUAGUAGCUCAAGACCAAUGUUGUAAGAUGGCUGGUCAAAUUCUAAUAUGCAUGUGUCGACUAACCUUCAGAUUCAUGGAGUCAAACAUACACUCUUAGAAAAGUCAGCAUUAUGAGUAACCGGCCUUAGAGGGUUCAUAUAAGACGUGCGGCGAGGUAAGCAUUGAGAAAUGGCAAGGGACAUUAAGAUAUCAGUAGGCAGUGAAAACGACACCUUUCGGGUGGAGGGAACAUUACAAAAUGGGGUGGGA